AUGAAUUAUUUACUUCUUAUUUAUGAGCAAGUUUAUCAUCCAUCUAAAAAAUUAACAUCUAUCAAUAUUCAACAAGAAAAUAAUUAUUCUGAGACAUUAAAAACAUUCAAUAUGCUUCUAGAUACAUUAGAACCCUAUUUUAUAUGGGAAUUUUUAACAAAAAAUUUCGAUAUUAUUCUAAAUCAACAAGAAGAUAAUAAUUUUAUUACAGCUAGAUCUACUAUUGAACAAAUAUGUGGUAUUAUUGAUAUGUUAUUAGAUAUAUUUUCAUUAGAAAAUUCUCUUGACACUCAACUUGAACAUUUAUCUGAAAUGCUUUAUCAUCUUAUACAAAUAAUAAAUGAUAAUUUUGAAAAAUUGACAUCAAAUCAAAUAAUAUUAUGUAUAAAAUUAUUAUUAAAAAUUUUUAAAAAUAUUAUUUUCACUAAUACAAAUCAUCAUUUAUCUAUAUUUCGUUGUUCAUUUAAUUAUCAAAAUGAAAUAUUUGAUAAUUAUUUAACUAUUUAUAAUAUUGAAGAUGAUAAUGAACAUACAACUUUUAUUGAUAAUGAAUAUUCAACAGAUAUUUAUAAUAAAUUAUUACGUACAGAUAGUAUAAAUGAAUUAGAAAAUCCAAAUUUAAUAAUCGAACAAGAGAAUUUAAAUGAUAUUGAACAAUUACUUCAUCAAAUGAUACAUAAAGUUGAAAAACAACUUGACAAAUUAAAUAAUCAAUUAUUUGAUAAUAAAAAAAGUCGAUUAUCAACAAAAACAGUGUUAGAAUCAAUAAAUAAUAUUGAAAAAUCAAUAGAAUUAUAUAAGAAAUUUUUUCAUCGUUUUAUUAUUACAUAUUUAAUUGAUCAGAAUCAAGUAUUAAUAAAUGAUAAAUUUCAAAGUAUUUAUUCAAUUAUACAAAAUAAAAAUAAUGAUAAUCUUUUAAUAAUUUGUAAUCGAUAUCGACAAUUAAAUGAAUUUCGAUUAAAAUUAACUAAUAAUGUUGAUCAUUAUAUAAUAGCUUUUGAAAAUUGUUGUAAAUUACUUACUGAAUUUUGCUGUUUUCCAAUACAAUCAUCUUUGAAUAAUCAGUCAUUUUUACCAAAAGGUAAAACUGAUUUUGACGAUUGGUCAAUGGAUAUAUGUGUUCUAUCAUUAUGUAUAAGUGAUCAUUUUUCUCUUCAAACGAUUGCAAUAUCUGUUUUAAUUGAAUUAUUUGGUUAUACAUUAAGUUUAUAUAGUUCAAAUAAAAAAAAUUCAAUUGAUAUUCUAGCUAAUAAUCAAUUAAUUAUAUCAUCAUUUACUUACGAACAAGUAUUAUUACUUAUAAAUGAAACUGAAUUUUUUCAAUAUAUAAUUGCAUAUUUUUGGGAAUAUUUAAAUGAUAAAUAUGAUCGAGAAUAUAAUUUAAAAGCUUCACAUAUAUUAUCAAUACUUCAUUCAAUGUUACCAAAUAAUUUAUGUGAAGAUUUAAUAUAUAAUCAAUUAUCAUUAAUAAAUAUUCAACAAAUUGAAAUUGAUAUAAAAAUUAUUGAAGAAUAUAAAAAAUUUUUUAAAUUAUGGAAUUCAAUUCGUAAUAUUCCUCAUAUAAAAAAUGAACAUAUAACAAAAUCAUUUCAACAUUGUUUAAUUUAUAUUUUAAAAAUACUUAAAGAAUCAAAUGAUUAUUGUUUAAAAUCCAUUGUACAAAAAUGGACUUAUGAUUGUUUUACUCAUGGAGAUGUAUGUCGAAUAUUUGAUAUACUUCUUAUUAUGCUUUUACAUUCAGAUACAGCACGUGUUAGUAUACAACGAUUUGAUCCAAUUAUUCAUAAAGAAUUUUUUCUUGAUCAACAAAUCAACAUUAAUGAAAUAAAAUUUUCUAUGAUACCUGAUGAUGAAAAUAAUGAAGAUUAUGAUGAUGAAUUUGUACAUGAUGAUAAAGUUCAAGAAGAAGAAACUGAUCAUGAUAAACGAAUUCGUGCAAUUAGUUCUAUAAAUCUUAGUGAAUCUAUCGAUCAUAUAAAAUCUUCUCCACAAAUAAUAAAAUUUCCAACUAUUUCAAAUCUUUCACAACCAAUUCUUUCCAAUAUUCGUUCACUUUCACCACCAACAUUAUUUAAAUCAGUUAGACAACGUAGAUCUACAAUACAAACUGUAUUUAAUCGAAAUAAUAUUCAAUUUGAAUCAAGUAAUAAUACUAUUAUUAAUAACUCAUCUCAUUCACAUUCUAUACCAAAUAGUAGUAUCAUAAGUGAAUCUAAUUUGUCACAAAUAAAUGAUUCUAUGGAUUUUCAAUAUGCUUAUAUUUUACUUUAUACACAACCUUAUGAUCAUAAUCGUAUAAUAUUAUCUUUAAAUAUAAUCGAUAGUUUAUUUGAUCUUAUUCCACAACAACUUAUUCAAACUUUAUUAAUAACAUCAAAUAUUCAAUCAUUACCAAUUAGUAUACAUAAUAAACAAAUGCAUGAAUUAUUUUUAAAACAUCGUCGUUCUAUUGAAGGAAAUGAUUUUGAUUUAUCUAAUAAAAAUACUCAAGAAUAUCAAUCAUAUUUAUAUUUAUUAUUAAAUAUACUUUUAAUCUAUACAUAUAGUUAUCAUCCAAAAUAUUUUGAUAUUCAAAAAAAUCGUAUAAUACAUAUACGUUCAUUAAUAUUAUUAACACGAAUAUGUCAUGAUUUAUCAUAUAUAUGUAUGGAUAAUACAAUGUUAAUAAAUUAUAUAAUUAAUUUAUUUAAAAAACUUUCAUUUCAAAAAAUAAUUUUAUGUUUAUUUAAUAGAUUUAUAAAUAAAGAAUCUGAUUUAUUAAAAAUAAAACUAAUAUAUGAUUAUAAUAAUGAAUUAUUAAAUGAUCAAUUAACAAAAGAAUAUUUAAAACAAUUAAUUCAUUUAUUAGAAGAAAUUAUUUUACUUGAAAAUAUUAUUUAUUCAAUAGAUAUAAAUUUAAUUGAUCAAUUAACUAUUAAUCAAACAAUUUUUCUUUCAACAAUUUUACAAUAUUUAAAACAAAUUCAUUCUAUUGAAAAUCAUCAUUAUAUAAUUAAUUUAAUUGUAAGAAUAUUACCACAUUGUGGUUCAGCAUUAAAAACAAUAAGUAUUCGUGUUAUUGAACAGAUUUGUCGAAAUUUAACUUUUGUUGUACAAUAUUAUAGUCAACAAGAAACAAAAUUUGAAUUCAAACAAUUAUCUUCAUUUGAUGCAAUCGAUUAUAUCAUCGAUUUAAUUCAACGUCUUUCAUAUAUAUGUAAUUAUUGUAUUGGUAAUACAGUUCAUAAUACACAACAUUUUACUCAAACAUUGUGUCCACAACAUUGGAUAAAAAGAAUAAAAAUUAAUACAAAUGAUCUAUCUGAUGCUCGUCAAUCAAUACUAAAUAAACUUCCAUUAAUCCUUUCAAGUCUUUUGUUUAUAUGGAAAACAUUAUCAAUAAAUCAAAUUAAUUCAAUAUGGUUAGCUAAGAAUAUUAAACUUAUUCGAGAUAAAAUAAUUGAAUUUAUUUCAUCAUUAACAAAAUCAAAUGGUGUUUCAUUUCUUCGUGCUAUUAUAUUAUGUUGGGGUGAACGUAAACAACAACAACAACAACAACAACAACAAAAACCAUCUAUAAUACAAAGAGAUAAUGUUAAUGAAAUACAAGCAUUAAUUGAUAUUCUUAUGAAUAUAAAUAAUUAUACAACAAAUGAUAUCAUCUAUAAUAUGAACAAACUUUUACGAAAUUUAUCAACAACGAAUAAUAAAAAAAAACAAAAUUAUAUUGUUUGGUGUCUUCAAUUUCUUUUAGCUUAUUUAGAACAACAAAAAAAUGUUUCUAUUGAUUGUUGGUCAAUAUUAGCUAUUAUGUUUAAAGAAUGUUUAUCACCAUCAAUGUCAUCAUCAGUUACAUUUUUAAUAAUAAGAAUAUUAAGUUUUUAUGUUAAACAAUCACCAUUUAUGGUUGAAAAACGAGAUUUAAAAGACUUACAAGAUGUAACAAUAAAAGUUCUUGAAAAUUGUAAUACAAUAGUUGCUUCAUCACUUGAACAAACAAAUUGGUUACGUAAAAAUUUACAAGUACGUAUUACACAAUCCGAGCCAAAUACUCAACGAAUAACUACUGAUUCAUUCAAUGAACUCGAUCGUAGUCUUAAUAAUGAAAAUACUUCUUUAGAUUUUGAUGAUAAUUCACAAUCAAUGAAUUCUAGUUUAAUAGCCUUAACAAUACUUGCUGAACAUAUUACAAAAUUACUUGAUAUUAUUUAUAAUUUAACCGAUGAAAAAGAUCGUAUUAUAGGACCAUAUUUACAAAAUCUUGUAAAUAAUGUUAUGCCAUAUGUUCGUAUACAUGUUUCAUUAAAUGUACCAUCGUAUCGUUCAGCAUCGAUUUUACUUCUGAAUAUAUCACAAUAUUCAUAUACAAAAAAAACAUGGAAAAAAGAAGUAUUUGAACAUUUAUUUGAUAUAGGAUUUUUUCAAGUUGAUUUAUUAACAUUAAAUUUAUGGAAAAUAAUUAUUAGUAAUAUGAUAACAGAUGAAAAACCAACAUCAUUUCGUGAUGUUAUGAAUAGAAUAAAUGCCGUUCAAACAGGUUUAUUAUUUUCAAAAGAACAAGAAUAUGAACAACGUGUUAUGCUUAUUAAACGUUUUGCUUUUGUUAUUUAUUCAUCAGAAAAAGAUCAAUGUAAUCGACAUUUACCAGAUAUACUUGAAUGUAUUGCUGAUUUACUUAAAUUACCACAAGUACCAAUAGUAUAUACACAAAUAUAUCUUGUUUUUCGUGCUUUAUUAAUAAGAAUAUCAAAUAAAAAUUUAAUUUCAUUUUGGCCAAUACUUAUUGCAGAACUUAUACAAAUUUUAUUACAACUUGAACAAGAUCUUUUAUUUGAUAUUGAAGGUGAUAUUAAAUCAAAUAUUCAACGAAUGACUACAAGUGAUAUAACAUUAACAAAUAUUUCAAAUGGAUCAUCUGAUUCAAAUCCUUUAUUAAAAAUGUAUUUAUAUGCUUGUAAAUUACUUGAUAUUCUUCUAGCAAUACCCUAUUCAGAAUUAUAUCAUUUUCAAUUAUUUCGAUCUGCAUUUGUUACUGAUCAUAAUAUAACGAAUUCUAAUUCCCAUAUUGAUAUAUUUAUUACUUUUUCAAUACGUUUAUUUAAAUUACUUGAAAAAAAACUUCAAUUAAUGCCAAUAUCUAUACAUAAUCAAUUACCAAUAAUCAAAAAUUUAAAUCAUCCAUUAAUUCGUUUACGAACAAUAUCAAAUAUUAUUGAAUUAUUUCCAUUUUUUAAUUGUUUAACUAAAAUGCACACGAAUGACAAUUUAUAUUUAAACAAUGAACAAAUUUUAUUAUCAGAUACAAUGAAUGAAAUUGAAACAAGUGUACUUGAAGAUUUUAUUGAAUCAUGA